CUGAUCUCCGGCGAUCUUCACCGGUGCGAGGGCGCAACUAAAAAUCUUUCUCUUUCAGGCUUAGAGUUAUCGACCCAACGCUCAACUCCAGAAUUAAAGCGCGCAACACGUAUCCAUAACCGAAGAUGGCUCUGAAGCGAAUUACCAAUGAGCUCGCUGACCUCGGCCGCGAUCCUACCUUUUCGUGUACGGCCGGGCCGGUAGGCGAUAACAUGUUCCAGUGGCAAGCCACGAUCAUGGGCCCAAGCGAUUCGCCAUAUUCCGAUGGCGUGUUUUUCCUUAACAUCGCAUUUCCAAAUGACUACCCGUUCAAGCCACCCCGGAUCAGCUUCAGCACCCCUGUCUUCCACCCUAACAUCAAUGCCGACGGCGGUAUCUGCCUAGACAUUUUGCGAGAGUCGUGGAGCCCAGUGUUGACUGUCUCCAAGUUGCUGCUCUCCAUUAGCUCGAUGCUAACGGACCCGAACCCGGAUGACCCUCUCAUGCCUGAUAUCGCCUACAUGUACCAUACAGACCGCGCCAAGUACGAUGCGAUCGCGCGUGAGUGGACCCGGAAGUAUGCUAAUUAGCGUCUUGGCAAGGAAGGCGUUAUGGGGAGGGGUUAUAAAAAGGACUGGUCUUUUUAUAUACCAGACGUGAUGGGUCGACCCUGGACAUGGCGGUCGUUUCGGAAUGCCUCGCCGUAAAUAAUAGGCUACGAGCAGCUGCCCGCAAUGUCACAGAGAUCCACUUGCUAGAUAGAUACAGGUUCAGAUUGAACCAGAACUCAUAGGUUACGAGGACAUCAUUCCGUAGUAAAUACCUAGUUUACCUAAGCUCGUCGUAAACCCAGAAAACCCGAUGUUGAAAUGACAAGGUCAUUCGUUCCAUAGUCACUGCAGUAAACGAUGCGAAUGAGGUGGUUGUGGUGGUUGUA